UGAGAGAGAGAGAGAAAGAAGAGCGCUCGCGCCCUGGCAAAGAUUGCACGGAAAGGGGCGGGGCACAAUCUCUUCACACAGAACCCGAAAAGUGGAGGUGGGGGGGAGAGAAACGAGCUUUCGGCACCGGAAGUUCUUGUGGUAGAACGACUCCGCCGAAAGAAAGACUUGCGCGCGCAUGCAUACAUACUCUUUCCCCCACUCCUACUCCCACACCCAUCCUCGCUCGCUCAGCGCCCUCGAGCUUCGUCGGAUGAGGCGCUAAAGCGGACAACGCCGAGCGAGAGAAGCGCUUGAGACCCAGAGAGCGGUUAAAAAAACAACAACAACAGAGCCGGGACUACAUAUAUAUGUAUAUGUCUUAUAUUUUAAAACAAGAUCGGCGGAAGGAUAUGAUUUAGUCGCUUCCGCGAGAAAGGGGAUUUAACUGAGGCGCGUCACUUCCGCUGAGCCUCUCAAGGGGAGGAAAAGGAAAAGGAGGAAAAAAAAACAUACACGCAAAGCAGCACCAAUCCUUGCGGGGGGGCGAACAAAAACAAACGUGAGGGGAGGAGAGGCCUGGACCGGCCUUGAGGGAGCCGCGGCCUCGCCUCGGAAGGACUCCGCUGCUCGUCGGCCGGGAUCGCCUUUGCUCCUCGCUGGGUACCGGGAUGUCCCUCCGCCCUCCGGUCCAUCUUUGAGCGGUUUCGCCUUUUCUUUUCCUCUCCUCCGCUCCCCGCCAGCUGAGCUUCUCGCCCGGGGUCCUGAGGCGGCGGCGGCAGGGACGACGGCGCCGCCGCCAUGUCGGGGGACGACGACGGCCUGGAUGGGCCGCACUACGUGGCGGAAUUCGUGCCUCCGCCCGAGUGCCCCGUCUUCGAGCCCAGCUGGGAGGAGUUCAGCAACCCCCUCGGCUUCAUCUGCCGCAUCCGACCCUUGGCGGAGAAAACGGGCAUCUGCAAGAUCAGGCCGCCUAAGGAUUGGCAGCCUCCUUUUGCAUGUGAUGUGCAAAACUUUCGUUUUACUCCACGGGUGCAGCGCUUGAAUGAACUGGAGGCAAUGACUAGAGUGAAGUUGGAUUUCUUAGAUCACCUAGCAAAAUUCUGGGAACUUCAAGGAUCUACACUGAAAAUUCCAGUAGUAGAAAGAAAAAUAUUAGAUCUUUAUUCACUGAGCAAGAUUGUUGCCAGCAAAGGAGGAUUUGAAAUGGUCACUAAAGAGAAGAAAUGGUCUAAAGUGGCAAGCCGGUUGGGUUAUUUACCAGGAAAAGCAACAGGUUCACUGUUGAAGUCACACUACGAACGGAUCUUAUAUCCUUAUGAACUUUUCCAGUCUGGUGUUAGCCUUAUGGGCAUCCAAAAGCCAGACUUGGAUCUUAAAGAAAAAGUGGAAGUUGAGGAAGUUGCUGUUGAUGCUCAGUCUCCUCCAAAACAGGGUGCAAGAAUGAAUGUUGUGCUGAAAAGAACCAGACGUGUGAAGUCCCAGGCAGAGGGAGGAGAGGUGAGUAGAAAUACUGAAUUGAAGAAGCUUCAGAUAUUUGGAGCAGGACCAAAGAUGAUGGGAUUGACGUUGGGGACAAAGGAAAAGGAAGAUGAUAUUCCUCGGAGACGCAAAGGUACCAGAUCUGAGGCUUUUGGUAUGCAGAUGAGGCAGCGGAAAGGGGCAUUAUCUGUCAACUUUGUUGACUUAUACGUCUGCUUGUUUUGUGGUCGGGGAAACAAUGAGGAUAAAUUGUUGCUGUGUGAUGGGUGUGAUGACAGCUACCACACUUUUUGCUUAAUACCUCCUUUGCCUGAUGUUCCAAAAGGUGACUGGAGAUGUCCCAAAUGUGUUGCUGAGGAGUGUAGCAAACCACGGGAAGCCUUUGGAUUUGAACAAGCUGUUCGAGAAUACAGCCUCCAAAGCUUUGGUGAGAUGGCAGACAACUUCAAGUCAGAUUAUUUCAAUAUGCCAGUCCAUAUGGUUCCUACAGAAUUGGUGGAGAAGGAAUUUUGGCGACUUGUGAGCAGUAUUGAAGAGGAUGUAAUUGUGGAAUAUGGAGCUGAUAUCUCAUCCAAAGAUUUUGGAAGUGGCUUUCCUGUAAAGGAUGGGAGGCACAAGAUAAUGCCAGAAGAGGAGGAAUAUGCUCUUUCUGGUUGGAAUCUUAAUAACAUGCCAGUCCUGGACCAGUCUGUCCUUGCACACAUCAAUGCUGACAUUUCUGGCAUGAAAGUGCCUUGGCUUUAUGUGGGAAUGUGCUUUUCUUCUUUCUGUUGGCACAUUGAAGAUCACUGGAGCUAUUCCAUCAAUUACCUGCAUUGGGGGGAACCAAAGACCUGGUAUGGAGUGCCUUCCCAUGCAGCAGAACAACUAGAGGAGGUUAUGCGAGAACUGGCUCCGGAGCUGUUUGAGACACAGCCUGAUCUUUUGCACCAGUUAGUCACUAUCAUGAACCCCAAUAUUCUCAUGGAACAUGGUGUGCCUGUGUACCGGACCAAUCAGUGUGCUGGUGAAUUUGUUGUGACUUUUCCCCGUGCCUAUCAUUCUGGAUUUAAUCAAGGCUACAAUUUUGCUGAAGCUGUGAACUUUUGCACUGCUGACUGGCUUCCAAUUGGACGGCAGUGCGUAAACCAUUAUCGACGCCUGAGACGUCAUUGUGUGUUCUCUCAUGAGGAACUAAUCUUCAAGAUGGCCGCAGAUCCUGAGUGUUUGGAUGUUGGGCUGGCUGCCAUGGUCUGCAAGGAAAUGACUCUCAUGACAGAAGAGGAGGCACGCUUAAGGGAGUGUGUUAUGCAGAUGGGAGUGCUGAUGUCAGAGGAGGAAGUGUUUGAGCUGGUUCCAGAUGAUGAGCGGCAGUGUGCAGCCUGCAGGACCACCUGUUUCUUGUCUGCCCUUACAUGUUCCUGUAAUCCCGAGCGACUUGUUUGCUUGUAUCAUCCAAAUGAUCUGUGUUCAUGCCCUAUGCAGAAGAAGUGUCUAAGAUAUCGAUACCCACUGGAAGACUUCCCUUCUUUGCUAUACGGAGUGAAAGUCAGAGCACAAUCUUAUGACACUUGGGUCAGCAGGGUGACAGAUGCACUUUCUGCCAAUCUCAAUCACAAAAAAGAUGUGAUUGAGCUGAAAGUAAUGUUAGAAGAUGCUGAAGACAGGAAAUAUCCAGAGAAUGAUCUCUUCCGUAAGCUGAGGGAUGCUGUGAAGGAGGCAGAGACUUGUGCUUCAGUAGCCCAGCUACUUUUGAGCAAAAAACAAAAGCACAGACUGAAUUCAGACAGUGGGAGGACACGGACUAAAUUGACUGUAGAAGAACUGAAGGCUUUUGUUCAACAGUUGUUCAGUCUUCCGUGUGUCAUCACUCAGGCACGACAAGUAAAGAACCUGCUGGAUGAUGUUGAAGAGUUUCACGAGCGUGCCCAAGAGGCCAUGAUGGAUGAGGUCCCAGACUCAUCCAAGCUGCAGCUGCUGCUAGACAUGGGCUCCGGGCUCUAUGUGGAACUUCCAGAAUUACCUCGUCUGAAGCAAGAGCUACAACAGGCACGUUGGCUGGAUGAAGUGCGGGUGACUCUUUCAGACCCACAGAGAGUCACUUUGGAUUUGAUGAAGAAACUGAUAGACUCAGGGGUGGGCCUAGCACCACACCAUGCAGUGGAGAAAGCCAUGGCUGAAUUGCAGGAGGUGCUUACAGUUUCAGAGAGGUGGGAGGAAAAAGCCAAAGUCUGCCUUCAAGCAAGACCUCGACAAAGUAUUGCCGCCCUGGAAAGUAUUGUGAAUGAAGCAAAGAAUAUUCCAGCUUACCUGCCCAAUAUUCUGGCAUUGAGAGAAGCCUUGCAGCGUGCUCGAGAUUGGACAGCCAAAGUGGAGGCCAUUCAAAAUGGAAGUAAUUAUGCGUAUCUAGAGCAACUUGAGAAUCUUUCUGCAAAAGGUCGCCUGAUUCCUGUCCGUCUUGAUGCCCUGCCCCAAGUUGACUCCCAGGUAGCAGCAGCCCGUGCAUGGAGGGAACGCACAGGCCGAACUUUUCUGAAGAAGAAUUCAAGCUACACACUUUUACAGGUUCUUAGCCCUCGAACUGACAUUGGUGUAUAUGGAAGCAGUAAGAACAGACGAAAAAGAGUAAAGGAGCUGAUAGAAAAGGAGAAGGAAAAAGAUCUUGACAUGGAAUCCUUGAGUGAAUUAGAAGAUGGAGUAGAAGAAUACAGGGACACUGCAGCUGUGGUGGCUGUCUUCAAAGACCGGGAGCAGAAAGAGGUGGAAGCCAUGCACGCCCUCAGGGAGGCCAACCUGGCCAAGAUGACGAUGGUGGAUCGCAUUGAAGAAAUCAAGUUCUGCAUCUGCCGCAAGACGGCCAGUGGAUUCAUGCUACAAUGUGAACUCUGCAAAGACUGGUUUCAUAGCACUUGUGUGACCCUUCCCAAAACGAGCUCCCAAAAGAAGGGCUCCAGCUGGCCUGCCAAAGAAGUCAAGUUCUUGUGCCCGCUUUGCAUGCGAUCUCGAAGGCCUCGUCUUGAGACUAUUUUAUCCCUACUAGUGUCCUUGCAAAAACUCCCGGUACGGUUGCCAGAGGGGGAAGCAUUGCAGUGCCUGACAGAGCGAGCUAUGAGCUGGCAAGACCGAGCACGGCAAGCCCUGGCCACUGAUGAACUAUCUUCUGCAUUGGCCAAACUUUCUGUAUUGAGCCAGCGUAUGGUAGAACAGGCAGCACGUGAGAAAACAGAGAAGAUAAUCAGCGCAGAGCUCCAGAAGGCAGCUGCCAAUCCUGAUUUACAGGGUCAUUUGACUAGUUUUCAGCAGUCUGGGUUUAAUCGGGCUACGAGUAGUGUAUCCUCAUCUCCUCGACAGACUAUUGAUUAUGAUGACGAGGAGACGGAUUCAGAUGAAGACAUUAGGGAAGCAUAUGGCUAUGAUAUAAAGGACAAUGCCAGUGUAAAGUCUUCUAGCAGUCUGGAGCCUAACCUCUUCUGUGAUGAAGAAAUUCCAAUCAAAUCUGAAGAAGUAGUAACACAUAUGUGGACGGCUCCCUCUUUCUGUGCUGAACAUGCAUAUUCAUCAGCUUCAAAAAGCUGUUCUCAAGGUUCCAAUACCCCAAGAAAGCAACCCCGUAAAAGCCCUCUAGUUCCUCGCAGUUUAGAACCUCCUGUGCUUGAACUCUCUUCUGGAGCCAAAUCACAGCUAGAAGAUCUAAUGAUGAUAGGAGAUAUCUUAGAAGUAUCUCUUGAUGAAACCCAGCACAUCUGGCGGAUUUUGCAGGCCACACAUCCACCCUCUGAAGAUAGAUUUCUUCAUAUCAUGGAGGAUGAGAGCAUGGACGAGAAGCCAUUAAAAACCCGGGGAAGAGAUGCCUCGGAGAGAAAAAGGAAGCGCAAACUAGAGAAAGCAGAGCAGUUCUUUGGCGACCUGAAGCAGAAGUCUAAAGAGCUGAAGAAGUUGGAGAAACCAAAGAAAAAGAAGCUAAAACUAACAAUGGACAAGACAAAGGAGCUGAACAAGCUGGCCAAAAAGCUGGCUAAAGAAGAAGAACGAAAGAAGAAGCGUGAGAAAGUAGCGGCAACGAAGGUGGAGUUGGUGAAAGAUUGCACUGAAAAAAAGAGGGAGAAGAAGGUUUUGGACAUCCCUUCCAAGUACGACUGGUCAGGAGCAGAAGAGUCGGAUGAUGAAAAUGCAGUGUGUGCUGCACAAAACUGUCAGAGGCCGUGCAAGGACAAGGUAGACUGGGUGCAGUGCGAUGGGGGCUGUGAUGAAUGGUUUCAUCAAGUUUGUGUUGGUGUCUCGCCAGAAAUGGCAGAGAGCGAAGAUUAUAUCUGUAUUAACUGUGCAAAGAAACAGAAGCAAGGAAGAGGCAGUCCAACACCACCUCACUUCCUGCUGAGCUACAAGCUACCCAUGGAAGACCUCAAGAAGACAAGUUAGCAGCUACUUGGUCUUGAUGGGACUUGAAAGAAAUGGAACAUUAAGAAGGUGUGAAGCUAACGCACACUUCCGGCAGACAUACAGCCCUAUAGUGGAGCUGGCCAUACGCAGCUGGCUUCCAUUACAAGAAGCGGAUGUCACAAGCAAUGGGGUACUGGCCCAGCUAUGCAGAUAUCAUCUUGUUCGAAGGCCCAGUCAGUAUUUUUACUCCCUUGUUUCUACGGAAGGCUUGAGUGUAGCUGCUGCCUUUAGACUAAGCAGAUGUGAGGCCCAUGGAUAUAUAUGUAUGUGUGUAUGUAUGUGCAUAUAUAUAUAUACACAUAUAUAUAUAUAUUGCCUCGACAGUUUAAAUUGAGAGCACUCUGGAGAAUCUUGAGCCCUCUGAGCUGCCCCAUAACGGCAUGUUGGUUGAGAGGAGAUGGUUUUUCCUUCAGCCUGUUCAGGUCAUUGAGGCAACGUUACGGAACCUGCUUUAAACACACCAAGAAGAUAGAAAACUCCUGUCUCUUCUGCUCUUAGAAGCAGAAGAACUGUAGAUCUCAAAAACAUUGGCUUCGUAUUUACUCCAAAGAAAUUUGGAUCAUAGUCCUUCUUGGGGAAAGCUCACUUAUGAAUGAAUUUGGAGCUAAGGCAUGUUACCUUGGCAAAGCACUCCUUCCUGCUUUGGUAGCUCUUUUUCUCUUGUCUUAAGCUUUACCAACACACUGUCACUAAAUUGUUUAAAGCAAGUGCAGCUGGUCAUGGAUAUCAUGAGUGCAUGAGAUUUUUCUAACGGGUUGCAAGCAGCCCAGCUUUUUUCUUGAUUCUGCACUGAUAUGUCUUCUGUGAAAAUCUUAAGUCACAGUAUUCCCAGCAUCAUCAAGUUAGUUUUGCAGUACCAGUAGGCUGUCCAUAAGAUGCGGUUUGCUUCCUCACCUUUAGUUGUUGAUGAAUUUAAAGGCCUUCACUUGGCCACAAAUCCACUUUAACUUCCCUGCCCCUCUGUUUUCUGGAAGAUAGGUGGCUGAGGAAGGGGUGGGGUGGGGGGGUAGUAUUCCCAAAUAACAAUUGUUUUAGUAAACCCAUUUUUUUAAGGACUGGUUUUUACUUUUUUCUAUGUCUCGGACUACUGACUUGUUCUACAAAAUAAAUAGAUUAUUUUUCUUUGUUUUUAUACUUACCACGGUUACCAGCAGCACAGAAAGAAAGAAAGAAAGAGGCUCACUAAACAAAAACCUGCCUGCAGGCUUGGGUUUUUUUACUUCAUUCCUUCCUUGUAGUACAAGGAACUUAGCAGUUACUCCCCACAUCCUUGUUCCCCCUGCUACCUGUGUUUUAAAUAGGUAAAAAAAAGAAAAGAAAUCAUGUGCUACUUUCCUAUUGGGGUAUGUUUGGUUAGCAAGGCGUCUUCGUCCUUGCUGUGUUCCAGUUUAUGCUGGGUUUUCUGUAAGUAAAUGGCUGAAAAUAGCCAUAGUGGUGUCUCCCCACCCCCAUUUAUCUAUUGUGUUUCCAUUCUUCUACAGCUCUAGAUGUGUUGUAACUAUAGCGUCCAGUCUUCUUAGCUGCAAGGGUUGGGAUUUUCUAAAAUAUAAAAAUGGUAGUGUUCUGC